UACACAGCACGGCCUUAGCCGUAGCUAAAGCCAUUGCUAUCGUAACCUCUCGCGCGUUGCCUGUUCGACAACUGCUCGCCAAGCACAGCACUGUGGUCGGCACAACGAACCUCAGGACUUGCAACUCCCUACGGUUCCCCAUAUCCGUAUCGAUGGACACCGAGCAGUCCGACACGCAAGAAAAUUACUCAACGGAAGGACGUCGCCAUUCUCUCCGGAGCUGGGUCGCACACGGUACAAAGCAGGUCAAGGACUGUAAAAGUCUCAGUCAUCUGGGCAUCUUGAUGCCUCUCUGCUUGUCACCCAUCUUGUAUAAUGGAUCCGUAAGGAGCCGCUGCCUCUACUGCAUCCUCCUCUCCCUCUCUGUGUGGACCCUCAGCUCACUGCCGGUACCUGUGGGUGCUUUCCUGCACGUCGUCGACCUUCCCCUCUGCGGCGUUAUGUCACCUGAGCAGUUUGUUCAGGAAUAUCUUACUGUGGAAGGGAUCGAGGUGAUCUUGCUUACGAUGCUGGUGAUUUCACUGGAGAGUAGAACGUCCCUAAUAUCACGCUUCGCCUAUGGCCUUGGUAAAAAAUACGGGCUACGUCACGGGAGGUUCUUCUUUACUAUAUGCGCCGCCACUUUUAUCUCCGCCAUGCUGUGUCCUCAGACAGUGCUUGCUGUCCCUCUUCUGUUCGUCAUGGAUCGAAUCAUGUGUGUCAUAUUCCGAGACAACAUGGACCGAGCUGCUCCCUGCGACGCCAGCAGCAUUAUGAUGUACAGGGAGACAUCUGCCAUCUCGUUGUCUACACGACGUCUCGCCUUCACACGAGACGAUUCCCCCCUCUUGCACAGAAUGGCGGAGCUUAUGAAAGAAAUCGGUUCCCCGACAUACGAGGAUUACGUGAAAGAUCGCAUUUCCACGAGAGCCUACGACGAUGCUGAUAUAGAAAGCGUGUCUACCGCCAUGGCAGCAGCAGACGAAACAAUGCCCACGAGCUCUAUUCGGAGGGCAUUUCGUCAACGCACGUCCAGAGACUAUGUCGACUCCUGGAGGAUCAUAGAUACACCAGGAACCCAAAGUCCAGAGAAAAAUCAAGCAGACGAAGGACUGACCGGAAAGGAUCCGGGGACCCAUCGUGAUCUGACGUCCGACGGCACAGCGAUUGCCACUACCUCGAACGCCAUCGAACCCCUCCCAUGUGUUGCCGAAGAAGCGGACAUGGGUUACGUCCUUCAGGCAUUCGCUGAGGAAAUAAAUGAAUUAAGUCGCCAAUAUAUCGCUGCAUCUGCGACGGAGGUCGGUACCAGACAAGCGCUCCGUCAGACCGAGCAAGAGGACAAUGUAGUGUCCGCUGCAAGGCAUAAAUCAGUCCACAAGGUGCUUCAGAUACGGCUUCCAGGUGACGAUCUCAAGCCACUGGAUUCUUGGGCUACUUUGGACACGACGACGCUGGCGUCAACAGAGAACUCGCAAGCAGAAAAAGCUUGGAGCAGUGUAUCAAUGGGUAGUAGCACAAGCAUCGACCAGAACGGUACCUUGGAAAAGAUAAAUCAGGUAAUGCAAGAACUGAGCCGUUCGAUCUGCACGAAGCUCGCAAGGGGGAGACCAUCGAAAUCCAGCAUCAUCAAGCUACCCAAGAGAAAAUACGGAGAUGACGUUGACGGACAUGUUGACAUGUCAGACAUCAAGUCUGAUCCGCCGGGCACCGUUCGCAAAACGCUGCAGAUUCGUUUGCCUGACGAAGACGAGGAGCCGCACCACGAACCUCCAAGGGCAGUGGAAUUAUCUGAGGCAACCUUCCUAUCAGACGGUACGAUAUGUCACGUACCGGGCUCCGGUACUUCAGUUGGUCCUGUGACGUCUAUCCUGAAGCAAAACUUAUCAGCCAAGGGAUCUAUGGUCGACAUUGAAGCCGAAGAAAAGAACGUACCACGUGGUGGCCGGAUGGUGCCGGAACGCCGCGUGUGCGUGCCUUCUGAAGAGCACACUCAUACAAGUCCAUGGCGGCAGUACGAGCUGAGUGAAUAUCCACGUCGCAUCAGCAUGCGGCAUCCCACAAGGAGUCACGACAGCGUCCAACGUGGACGAUACAGUACAGUGUCGACGAGGAGCGAAACGAGAGUGCCUGACGCCAGGAUAUCCGUCUCAAGGCAACGUACAGAUCUGCACAACGCUUUCAUAUUGGGACCUUCUCUUAUGGCCGUGCUCGGGAACAUCUCCAGUGCUUUAUCCAUUCCAGCUCAGGAGGCCUUCAAUAAGAUGCAUGUGGAGGCACACAGAGAGCAGUUGACUUGUGGCCACUGGUUCAUUCUCACUCUUCCUGGAUCCCUACUGGCAUUCACCUUUGUGUAUAUCUACUUGUACUACGAUCACCUUUCGCGCUACGAAGCUGGUGUCAACUCCGACGAGCACCUGGCGGUUACGGAUCAUGCGCAGCACAAGCUGAAAUACCUAGGUCCUCUGAGUGCCACGGAUCACCUGUAUGGCUGCUAUGUCCUACUGUUCUGCGUUUCCUACUAUUCCUUCGUGUACGUUGGACACGACACCAUGAACGCCCAGCUUUACAUCUUAUCAGGAAUGGUGCUUUUGGAUAUCUCAGUACGUCAGGCCUUCGACCGAAAGCCGUUAAGUCUUCGCAGUAUCAGCUUCCAGAUGCCAUGGGGGGUCCUGUUCAUCCUGGGAGCAGUACGGAUAAUCUCCUCAACAAUCGAGACGUUUGACAUGAUCGGCGAGUUAUUUAGGACGUUCGACAUUGGUUUCUGGAGUAGCUAUUCUGCUCUGGAAGUGCAAGCUGUACUGGCCGUCGUCUCAGCUGUCCUCGCCGAGACUACGAAUAGCAACACGCUUUGCCAAAUAAUGAUGCCCAUCAUCAAUGAUAUCGCUGCCAGCACAAGCCUCAACCCCAUGUACUACGCGAUCCCUGUGGUAGUAGGUGCGUCGACCAACAUUGUCAUGCCUAUUUCUGUCCCCUUGGCGAUUCUUCACGAGGUCGCUGAUGUCACCAUGUGGAAACUGGUGUUAAUCGCUGUCGUUGUGAAGGCUGUCUUGGUGGGGAUGAUCGUGCUCACCGUCAACACGGCAGGUUCUGCAUUUUUCUCCUGGGGAACUCCUUAUCUCCCUCACCAGUGAUAUUACACGUCCGUCUCGGGCACUUGUCUUUUUCUGUUUUACUAUUGAGAGCGAACUAUAUAUUCAAUCAUGGUUCGCAUACAACGCAAAGGAAUUCGUAUUGAAUAUAUCCAACCUAAGUGCUAAUGUCUAUUGUGUUUCAUAUUCUUGCAUUAGAGUGUUCCGUUAGAAUCGACAGAGUAGGAGAAUGCGAUAGAUCGCCUGCUGGGGUAGUCUUCAGAGGUAUAAAAUAAAAGGACAGGUGUGGACAUGGGCGAGGAGAAAUUAUUCAUGCACCACACGAGGUGUCGCAGGGAUGGACUUCGAAAGGAAGGG